UCACGUGAUUCGUAGUUGUUUUUAAUCCUUGUUUAAUCCUCACAUUAAUAUAUAUUUAAGAUCACUCUGCGUGUGGAUUGGGUGUAUUCUCCUGUCCGAGUGGAGUUUGCUCCUUGGCUGCUUGGCUCCCACAAUGAAAAUGCGUUUUCCAAAGCGGCUGGGCCAGACAUCCCAAGUAGAACUGCAGAAACGAAUAUUCUCGAAUAUUUAUGUUUAAUUAGAUUUCUACAAUACAAAAGGUGAUCUUAAUGAGCAUUACUACAUAGUCGAGGAAUGUUCUGUUAGUGUGCACCUAUGAAGUUAAUUUAAUGUGGUCAUGAUCUGGUAGGGUUAGAAUCAUUAUUCCUAGGAAAUAUUCUGGGUUACCCUUUAUUAACAGACGCAUGUAAAAACAAAUGUACACACGCAACCUUCACGCCCCCUCCGCAAAUGUUACCCAUCCGUUCCUAUCGUAUCAUAACCAUCUCAAGGAACAACAAGCAUGCAUACAUACAAGCAAAUACGCAUGCACGCACGUGCCAGUCCAUUCCCGUACCGUACACUUUCAACAGGACACUCAAAACACACGGGCAUACGCUUACGCGUGCAAAGUGUGCGAUCCGUCGCGUACAUUAUAGGCAGCAUUUUUUUGGGGAUUGGAUUGCAACCCCUAAAUACUAACCCUCCGCUCUCCGCCAGCCCUCCCUCCCACGCCAACCCAGCGUACCCUAUUUCCCAGCAGCAAGCUUAAUCAAAAUGCACAUGCCCUGCAGCGGAUGGGGAUGUCUGUACUCGCACGGCUCCGUCUUUUAUCAUUCGGAAGCGUGUGUGUAUUUUGUGUGCGUUUGUGUGUGUGUGAGCGUGUCUGUCUGCAUGGGAGCUUACGUUCUACCCCUCCCCCCCGCCCCUCUCCGGCGUUACACAGUAAUUAGAAUUGUUAAUGCGCUACUGCAAUAGCGAAACAUGCGGAUUGAAUAUUAUUGCGACGCACGGAGUCCUGCGAUUUGUUCCGGAGAAGCCAAGGUGGCUUGGUCAUGAGGAGCCUUGAAUCAAGAUCAAUUGUGAGCGAUUGGAAUGACUUUUAACACGAGUUGUUAGGUAGGGGGUCGGAAUAGAGAACUGAUAGGGUUGGUGUUCAAGAUCUUUACAAGUUUCCAUUUUUUUUGUUGCUGCUGUUGUUGUAAACGCGACGCUUUAAGAUGUCGUUUGCGCAAUUCGGAUAUCAGUACACACCUGCAACACAGCUCGUGUUGCACAAGUCCACUGCUGAGGUGUGCGGUUCCCGGCGGGAGGAUGGCAUCUGCACGGUUGGAGGCAGGGUUGGGAUUGGCCAGUGCCCCAUGCAGAGCCCCUUUGACCGAGGGUUAUGCGUAGGAGGGCUGGGUGCAUUUUCCGCAGCCUCCCCAGCGUACGAAGCUUACCUCUCCUACCACGGACAGCCACCGUCGAUAUAUACGCCGAUGGCUGGAUACGAGCUUGCGGAUGGGACCAGGUCGGCUCUGGCCCAUGGCUCUUACUGCACCUACGAUCCCACACUCUCCCACUACCCCUGCGACAGGUACGGCGCCGCAGAGGCGAACGUCACGCGGCGCAAGAACGCCACUCGCGACGCCACGGCCACGCUCAAGGCCUGGCUCAACGAGCACCGCAAGAACCCGUACCCCACCAAGGGGGAGAAGAUCAUGCUGGCCAUCAUCACGCGCAUGACGCUCACCCAGAUCUCCACUUGGUUUGCCAAUGCUCGCCGACGUCUUAAGAAGGACAACAAGAUGACGUGGACUCCCCUGGGCAGCCACAGCCGGGACGAGAAGCAGCCUGAAUGUGACAGCAGCCACGCAGAUCAACAUGAGGACAAUGGUGAUGACUCUCGACUGAUGGACGAGGGGGACGAGGGCAGAGGCGAUGACCACCGAAGAAUUUUCAGCCCAGCCACAAUGAGCAAGCGCUCGGUGUCCCCUACAGGGAGGCACAGCAGCAGCAACAGCAGCAGCAGCGACAGCAGUGAGAGCAAUCUUGCCCUGACUGUCCAACAGCACGCACCGCCGAUCCCCAACAGCUGCCGCCACCACCACAGCGACGGCGACGACGACAAGCAGCACCUCGCCGGCCACUCGAACGGUGGACAUUGCGGCGUGACGGGAGACGGCGGUCUUAUCGAUGGCGCCACCUGGGAAGGACGAGCCGAGCAGAAGCCUCCGGCCGCAGACAAACCCAAGAUCUGGUCCCUAGCUCACACGGCGACUGCUCAGAUGGGCGAGCAGAGCCGCUGGUCCCCGAGGCCUGGCUCGGUGAGCGCCCUGCCUUACUUCGUCCCGCCGCCGCCGCCGCCACCGCCGCAACUUGCCGUUGACUCCGGGGGCAAUCCCUCCACGGGCAUAUCCCCCGUGGAGGGAUUGCGAUGCUGGGCGAGCGAAGCCUACCAGGGAGGCUUUUCGGCGGCGGGAGAUCUGCUGUGGGGAGGCGAUGGCGGCGAGAGGGGAUCGUCGUUCUGGACCGACGGCGGUGGCCUGAGGUUCAAAUUGGCCGCGGAGAGGGGCACGGAUGGCGCUGGGCGAUCAUGAAGUGCCCGGCCUGGCUUGAUGCGGUAGUGACUCGGCGCCCUCUGCAAUGGUGCGAAAGGGGGCUUCAAGUGUAAAGAGGAUGCCUUGAGGCUUAGAAUUUUAAGAAUAGAUCUGCCUCAUAGGAACAUAAGGCAGAUCUGAAACAUGGUAAGACCAAUACCUUGGCUGUGGCUGAUCAUUGUUUUGGUGUGGUGGGCUCACACGAAAUUGAUU